AUAAUUCAAAAGGCUGUUGCAUUCCUAACAAAGAAGACCACAUCUUUUUUUGUGUGUGAAGGAAAAGUUAAUUAUUUGUGCUGUUUCAGAAAGUCAGUAUGUCGAAAAUGUCGCUGAUUUUCAAUCCCCACAAUAAAUUAGGGGAGGGAAGUUAUGGUUUCGUUGUCAAAGGAUACUGGGGUGGAACAACAGUGGCCAUCAAGCGAAUUCAACUACAUCAGUGCUGCAAACAAGAAGAAGAUGCCAUGAAAAAACUCGAUCAUCCAAACGUCGUUAAGUUUUUUCACGCCGAGAGUGACGAGAAUUUCAGAUAUUACUGUCUUGAAUUGUGUGAUGGCACGUUGGACCAAAUGUUAUCUAAAGACAACGACCCAGAAACAUACUUGAAGGCCCACCCAAUGCUCAUACAAUUGCGUAACAUUUACCAAUUAGCUAAUGGCCUGGAAUACAUUCACAAACAGGGACUGAUCCACCGUGAUCUCAAGCCGGAAAACGUUCUAAUUAAAGAAACUCUGAUGAAAUGGGCUGAUUUCGGACUGAGUAAACAAGUGAAUGAAAGAGGAACUUGUUCUAUGAGUGGAAUCAAAGGAACAGAGAAAUGGUUAGCCCCAGAGAUAUUGAAACUACUCGAAGACAAGGGAGAUAAAAUAACGCAAAGGGGAACAAUCCAAAGCGAUGUGUUUGCAGAAGGCCUUGUCUUUGGAUAUUAUCUUUCAAAUGGUCUUCAUCCGUUCGGUUCUCGUCACAAAAUUCAAUCUAACAUACUUAAAAACAAACUAAUUAAUCUGGAUAAAUGUCAACCGUGUGCGUAUGACAUAAUCAAGAGAAUGAUCAAAGAAAAGCCGGAAGAUCGAAUCAAUUCGUCAGAUGUCGUUGAACUACUCUCUGAAAAGAUUGUGAGGCAACUGCAGUUUUUGAAAAUAUGUUCGAGUGAUACCUAUCCUGGUUUGCAGGAUGUUGAAUCCUUACUGGAAAAGGGUGUAGAUGUCAACUUUGUCAAGUGUCCACAAGGAUGGACUCCACUUCUAAUGUUGGCAGAAAAAAAAAAGGAUGGCGAUAACAAUUUAUUUGAAAUAGUGCGACACUUCCUUAAGAAUGGCGUCAACCUUAGCCACACUUUGUUCCAAUCUAGAUUAAAUGUCUUGCAUUUAUUCUGUCAGAAGUAUCAAGAGGACAAUUUAAUUGAAAUCAUUCAACUUUUAAUUCAACAUGGGAUCGACGUCAAUUGCAAGAACAACGAUAGAUCGAAUGCUCUUCUUAUCUUAUGUCGUCAUUAUCAAAAGGAAAAUUUAAUUGAAAUCAUUCAACUUUUAAUUCAACACGGAAUCGACGUCAAUUGCAAAACCAACGCCGGAUCGAAUGCAGUCACUUUAUUAAGUGAAUUUUAUCAAAAAGAAAAUUUAAUUGAAAUCAUUCAACUUUUAAUUCAACACGGAAUCGACGUCAAUGGCAAGGACAGACACGGACGGAACGCUCUUUUUCCCUUGUAUCAUGGUAGAUUUUACCAAAAGGAAAAUUUGGUUGAAAUCAUUCAUUUUUUGAUCAAGCAUGGAAUCGAUGUCAAUUGCCAAGACAACCACGGAAAUGAUGUCCUUACAUGUUUCUUUUCUUUUUUACCCAAAAAUUUAAAUGAGAUAACUCGACUUUUUAUCGAACACGGAUAUGACCCCAAGGCCCACAGUAUCCCAAAUAUUUUCACAUCCUUUGAAUUACCUCAAGCACGCCAUCAAGAUCACAAUCUAAUUGAAAUUGUACAACUUUUGGUUGAACACGGUUGUGAAGUCCAUAAUUUAAAAGGCUCGUCAGGAUGUAAUGCCUUUCAGACGAUUUUUCGUUUUUAUCAAAAAGGAAACAUAAUUGGAAUAAUUCGACUUUUAAUUCAACGCGGGAUCGAUGUCAAUUGGAAGAACAAUUGGGGACACAAUGCCCUUUACCAUUUGUUUCGAUAUUAUAAAGAAGAAAAUAUUGUUGAAAUAGUUCAACUUCUGAUUCAACAAGGAAUACAAGUGAAUUACAAAGACCGAAACAUGAAUAAUGCUUUACAUUAUUUAUGCACAUUUUAUCAAGAAGACAAUUUAAUUGACUUAAUACGACUUUUGAUUCGACACGGAAUCGAUGUCAAUUGCAAAGGUUUGUUUGGAAGAAGAGCCCUUUAUAUCUUGUGCAAACACUACCACAAAGAAAAUUUAGUUGAUAUUGUUCAAAUUUUUCUUCAGCAUGAAAUUGAAGUCAAUAGUGAAGACGACUGGGAAAGAAAUGAGGCAUUUAAUUGCUUGGGGCAUCAUAGUAAGAGAAAUUACAUCAGAGACUUCAAAAAUUGCAUGCAUUCCUUGUGCCAAAGUGAUCAAAAAGAACAUUUAAAUGAAAUUAUUCGGCCACAUAUUGAAUGUUGUUGCGAUGUGACGCCAUAUACGUUAACGUUAACUUACAUCGCAUACAAAGAGGGAAAAGUAAAACGACACGAAAAUCUGAAAUGCAACACAAAUUAUCGUAGCAUUAAAAAAAAUUGGAUCCAAAUUAUGACACAAGGAUAUUAUUAACGUAUGAUUAUUAACGUUUUUUUUUACUGUUCUGAGUUCUCCCCAAAUCAUUUGUAUCACUUUAAUGUAUGUUAAUUAGCCUUACCCACUCCAUUAACCGUUAAUAUAAAAGAGAAGCUGAUUUAUUUUAAUAUAAUUUUGUGUUUUGCAAAGUGAAUAAUAAAGCUGAAACCAAAAUGAA